AUGAUUAUUCUAGCCUGGAACAUCAGAGGGGUAGCGAAUGCAGCCACAAUUCGCACUCUAAAGGAAAUUCGAAAGCAGAAGAAACCAGACAUUGUUCUACUUUUUGAAACAAGGUGUAGCGAAAAUAAAGCUCAGGAGGUAAUUAAAUCCAUUGGUUUUCAAUUUUAUAUUGUAGAGGAAGCUAUGGGCUUUUCAGGGGGCAUCUGGGUGCUAUGGGAUAACCCCCAUUUUAAAAUAUGGCCUAUAGAACUGUAUUAUCAAUACAUUCACUUAGAAUUAGCAAACACCGGGGCUAGAAAAUGGACUUUAACGGCUGUCUAUGCUAGUCUCCAGGAGAGAAACAGAAAAGAAUUUUUUGAUAAAAUUCAAAAAUAUGCUGAUGAGAUUCAAGAUCCUUGGAUGCUAAUGGGAGAUUUUAAUGAAAUUGCUGAAGUGGGGGAAAAGAAAGGAGGAACCAGAAUAGAUGAUCAUGCUUGUCAAAAAUUUAGAGAAUGGAUAAACAAUUGCAAACUCAUAGAUCUCGGCUUUGUGGGAUCGAAGUAUACCUGGAAGGGGGGGCAAAGGAAAGGAUUGGAUAGAGUCUUCAAAAGGUUGGAUAGAGCUUUAGCUAAUGCAGAGUGGAGAACAGAAUUUGGAGAUGCUAGAGUAGAAAUUCUUUCGAGGGUGCAUUCAGACCACCACCCUUUAUUGGCAGUUUUAAGACCGAAUCAAAUUGACAGGGGGGAGAAACCUUUUUGUUUUGAAGCCAUGUGGGCUACACAUCCAGAAUUUAGUGAGUUCAUUCAAAGGAGUUGGAAUCAAAAUAACCAUUUUUAUCAAAACUUGAAAACUCUCACCCAAAAGCUUAAAGUCUGGAACAAAGAGAUCUUUGGUCAUAUUCUCAAAAAGAAAAGAAGGAUUCUGAACCGGCUGGAAGGUAUUCAAAGGAAUGACGCAUAUGGAAGAAACAGUUUUCUUCAGAGAUUAGAAAAGGAGCUCCUAGCAGAUUUAGAAGAGAUUUUGAACCAAGAGGAAAUUAUGUGGAUGCAGAAAUCAAGGCAGCAAUUUUUUGUUGAUGGGGAAUGA